UUCAAGAAGCGAAUAACCAUUACAAACUAUAAGUAGUGAUCCCUAAAAAUGCCAAUCAGACAUAAAACUGAAAAUGUCUUCAAAUUUAAGAAGUUCAGCGAACGUGUUAAUGAAGUGGAUUUACGAUCUUCUGCACUGUAUCGAAUAGAGCAUAAAAAUGAAAUUCCAGAUGAAAAUCAAUCAUAUUUCUACCAAACACAUCAAAAGUGGAUUCUCCUCAACCUUACUGAAGAGUUCGCACUUUUUGAUAAACAAUUGAAAGGAGUAAUCACAACAACACUUCCACAACUUCUUCAUCAUAAGGAGAAAGUUAUUGGAGUUCUUUUAGAAAGAUUGGAUAAUGCGACGACUUUAUCACUUCAACCUCUUUUAGAACUUACUGUUGCCUUAUCUAGAGAUCUUCGAAAAGAAUUUUACUCAAGUUUUCAACAAUUUUUUGAACGAUUAGUCAAACUUCUUCAAACUCAUGAUGCAGAUCAAACCGAAUGGACUUUAGUUUGUUUAGCUUUUCUUUUCAAAACAUUGAAACCUUUCCUAGUUAAGGACAUUUCAAUAAUUGUUAAACAAAUCAUUCCUUUACUGAGUGAAAAGGACCAACCCGAGCAUAUCAUCAAUUUCACAGUUGAAUGUUUCGCUUUCCUCGUCAAAAAUCUUGAAAACAAAGACAACUUCAUCGUCAUAAUUCUUAAGAAUGCGAAACAAGAUGAGUCGAGUGUGUUGGGAUGUGGAAAGUUAUUCUUUGAAAUGAUUAAAGGUUUCAAUGGGCAAUUUCACAGUAAAGGUGAAGAAUUUCUAGAAAUUCUGUUCAAUGCUUAUCGAAAAUCGGAAUAUAAAAAAUAUUGGGAAGUUUUGAAUGAAAUUCUAGUUCAAACAAUUGGAAGUAUACUUGACUUUAUCGAUUUGAAGAAUAUUUCUAAAUAUUGGAAUAUUUUACAAAAUGCAAUUAAGAACAUCUUGCAAGAAAGCAAUUUGUCGGAAGAGGAGAAAGCAACAAGCAUUCAACAUAUGCUUCAUUUCUUAGGCCAAUCAAUUGAGUUCCAAGGAGGCAAGAAGGUUGUUGAAUUGCCAAAGAUCAUCAAUCUGGUCAUUCAAAUCAUUGAUCAUAAUUUUCCAAUUGAUGUUAUGAUGACACUUUCAAAAGUUGGCGCAGUUUUGUUACUUUCCAAGAAUUUUGUCAUGGGACAACUCGAAGCAAGUCGAUUGUCAAAGAAAAUUCUUCACAUUGAUCACAACGAAGUGUUUGAAUCGUUUGUUGUCAACGCAAUUGGAUAUUCACAGUUUGACAUUCUCAUCAUGCCAGAUUUCUUAAAAUAUUUCGAAAGAAAUCUUAACAAGACAACGUUAGAGAUUCUGGCAAAGAUUGUCAGUCAAAGAACAUCGAAAAGAUUGUUGGAAACAGAAGAAGAAGAAAAUCUGCAAAAUUAUAAUUUAAAUAUGAGAAAUCAAAAGACUCUCGACGACAUUUUGAGUAGAAUUACAAAUGUUAAAGAUUUCGAUAAGAUAAAUGAAGAUGAACUCGAACAGUUUCUUCUUUCACUUCAAAUUAUUCCGCAUUUAAUGUCAUUCGAUAAAGAGAAGACUGAAAAUGUUUUAAAGAACCUUUUGGAAGAGACGUCAAGAAUGUUGUCUGUCGAUUGUAACAUCAAAUGGAUUUAUUUGUUAGCUGUUGUGAUUUCUGGAUUGCAUCGCAUAGAAAGUUCGACAAACGAUUCACAAACCAUAAAAAUUAUUGAAUUAAUUUUGCCAAUGACUGACAAGAAGAAGGAAUUUAAUUUUCCUUGUCUGAGAAUUCUUCAUUAUCUCGUUAAAAGUUUGAAUAAAUCGAAACGACAUCUAACAUUAUUUAAAAAGCUUCAUGAAAUGUUGACUGAAUGCUUUAUGUCACCGUUUCAUGACAUUCGACUUGUGUCAUUUCAAAUUCUUUCAUGUUUUGAGCAUUUAAAACUCGCACAGUUAAAUGAAAGCAAUGAAUCAAUUUUUAUGACUUUCAAAAGAAUCGAAGAAAUCACGCCAACAAUUCAAACAUAUCGUGAUCAAAUUUUACUUCUUCAAAAGCUUGAAUAUGGUUCAAUUUAUUUUAAAGACGUCAAAGACUCUCCUUUUGUUGACGAUGCGAUAAAAUUCUGUUUGGGAUUUACGAAUCAACGAUUGCAAUUACUUUGGGAACCGACAAAGAACGUCUUGGAGUCUUACAUCAAUGGAUACAACUUGGAUGCAUUCUGGAAGAUUUUCAAAGAACAACUCGUAAUGUCAUCGACAAUCAAUCAUCAUGAAAGUGAAUCGGAAAUGGAAGAAAUUUUCACACAAAACGAUUUCAUCAAUGAACAGUUUUUGAACUUUUCAAUAAUGGAAGAAAAGUCUCGUGACUUAAUCGCAUAUCGUGUGAAACUUUGGCAAUUUCUAAGCGAUACAAAAUCAAAUGUGUGUGAUGUUAAACAACGAGAUAUUGUUGACUUGUUCAUGAACUUCUUUCACAAUGAAUAUCAAAGAACAGAGGAAGAUAAGGAUGAAGAUGAGGAAAAUAAAUCACCAAAAGCACGUCAAAAGCUUCUAAUCAUUCAUCUUCAAGUUUUAUCAAAGUUCAACAAUCCAAAGUGCGUGAUAAGAACAAAUGAACUGCGAAAUCUUUACAUUGAUUUGUUGCUUCAUCGUAACUUUCAAGUUCAACGUUUAUCACUUGAUUGUAUCAUUCAAUACAAAGAUGAAAGCUUAACAACUUACAAAGAUGUUCUCUACAAUAUUUUAGAUGAAAAACAAUUUCGUCAAGAACUUGUUGGAUUGAAGUUGAACGAGAAAAUUCGUGAAGAUCAUCGUGAGACAUUUAUGACAAUAAAAGCUGGCAAAAAGGAUCAAGAAGGAUUUAAAAAUAAGAAGGAGAUCAUAACACGAUUCAUGAGUAAUUUAAAGGAAUCUGAAUUGACAAAACUCGUAGAAAUCGCUUGUGGGAAAAUUUCAAGCUUAAUUAAUUUAUCGGAUGCUGAAUCCAUGAUUAAUGCCAUGAAGAGAACUUCAAACAUCAUUAAAGUAAAUGAACUUCAAUCGAUUCUACAAUUCUUGGAUUUAAUUAAGAAAAACGUUGCUGGAUUGUUCAGUGUCGACUUUCAACGGAAGAUUCUCGACAAUAUUCUCGCAAUUUCUUGCUACACAAUCACCAACGAUACGACAAUGUUUAAAAAUCUGAAGCAAUCUUGUCUCGUGAGUCUCGUUGAAUAUUUCGAACAUUUUGAUGAAUUCACAUGGAAUGUUGAUGAAAUUGAAGUUCUUUUCAAAAUAUUUGUCUGGAAUUAUUUGAAAGAUUUUCAUCUUCAUUCGUCUCAAAAUGUCAGCGGUUUAAUGAAACUUUUCAUCGCAUGGUCAAAGAAUCCAAAAUAUUUCAAUCUUCUCGCUAAAUCUGACGACAAUGGAAAUUAUGCUUUGAAGUCAAUCAUGAAACUUUUAACUAAUAAAUCGACGACAAAUGUUGUGAUCGAAUCGGUGCUUGACAUUCUUGAGAGACUUUUGACAUUGAAAUUGGACGAAGAAGUUAUCGAAAACUUUAACUACGGAACGAAACUUGUUGAACCGUUCAUUCAAGAUGUUCUGAAGAUACUGAAAGAAACUUUAAGCAACAAGAAGAUGAGAUCAUUGAAUCAACGAAAUUUGGUAAUUUUAUCAAGAACAACUGAGUUGGUGACUGAUGUGGACUCGUCGAAGAUUCUUCUCGACAUUUUAUUUCCUUUAACACUUAAGAAAGCAGCCGAAAGUCAUCAAGAUGGUCAAAGAAUUAUGAAGCUAAUGAUGACAAUUUCAAAUCUUCUGAAUGUCAUUCCAGAACCGCAUUUAUACAUGCGACAAUUAUCGCCACUGUUCGAACAGAUUAUUGAAGUCAACCAUCGCAAGUCUCUCAUUAAAAUCUUCAAUCAAAUUGUUCCAUCAACGGAUGCAAAUGACUUUAAGUCAAUGAUUAAUGAUUUCAAUGCUUAUGAUCGACGAUGGAUUGAACAACCUGAUUAUGAGAAACGAUUGAGUGUCUUUCAUCGAUUGGAAAAGAUCAUUUCGAGUGGAAGUUUGUCAUUGGACGUUGCUAUUGUUGUCAUCUAUCAUUGCUUUUAUUUUCUUAAACAUGACAAAGAUUUAGCAAUGCGUGACAAUGCUGGUCACUUCCUCAAACUUGUAUGUUUGAAGAUGAUUCAACAAUGUGGCGACAAUAAGCAACAAUUGGACAUUUUUGUCGAUAAAAUUGUUCUCAAUUUGAUUCAGAAGCGUCUUCGUGAUGAUGAGAAAGUUAGAACAGAAUCGAUUAUCCUACUUGGUGAAUUAGCGCGAGAACAACCAAACGCGCAUUCAAUUCUCGCUGAUCUCCAUCCAUUGACUAAUGCAGCAAAUCGUGAACUUGAUUUCUUUGACAACAUUACACAUUUACAGAAGUUUCGUCACAUGAAAGCAUUGCGGAAGUUUGUUGAAGUUGCUGAAAGUUAUCAACAUGUUCCAAAUCUUAGAACUUUAAAUGAAUUUCUUCUACCAAUUGGAAAAAUGUUUUUAUGUCAAGAAGAAUACAAACGAAAGUCGAAAGUUGUGGAAGCUGCAAUUGAAUUCAUCGCAACUGUUGCAAAAUUCCUGCCAUGGAAUAGUUACGAAAUGUUAUUAAAGUUUUAUGUGAGAAAAGUUAAGAACGAAAGUGGAUAUCAAAAGCAACUUGUGAAGUUAAUUCCAGCAAUUUUAGAUUCGUUUCACUUUGAUUUGAAUUGUAAUGUUGAUAAAGUUUCUGAUGUUGAAGUUCAAGAUGAAGAAAAUGAUGAAGAAGAAGAAGAAGACGAAGAUAAUGAAGAUGAAGAGGAAGAAAUGGAAGUUGAAGUUCAACCCAUUCAUCAAUUAACAGUUCUUCGUGAGAAUAUCGCACAACGUGUCAUUAAAAGUUUAACAAGACGUUUAGUUCCAUCACUCUUCAAAAUUAUCGCUGAAAUAUCAACCGAUGCACAUAAGUUAAACAAGGAAACUCGACGAGCUAAAGAGAAAGCUGACAUGUUGAAGAUUCCCAUUGCAUUACCAAUCAUUAAACUUCUUAAGAAAUUACCAUCGAAAUUCCUCAACGACUAUUUGUCACAAGUUGUAUUGAAAGUGUCGUCAUUCUUGAAAUCAAAUUUGAAACAAGUUCGAGCAACUGCACGAUUCACUUUGAAGGAAAUUUUAAUGGUUUUGGGUCCAAACUACAUGGAACUGAUGAUUGGUAAUUUAAAAGCAAUGCUAAGUAAAGGAUUUCAAGUUCAUGUGUUGUCAGCGACAGUUCAUACGUUGAUGGAAGCAAUGAAAAGUCAACUUGAAGAAUGUGACGUUGCUGAUAAACUUGUUGAUUCAGUUUUAAGUGUUUGCGUUGAUGACAUUUUUGGAAAAGUUAGUGAAGAACAUGAAGUUGGACGAAUUGGUCAUCGAACACCAGAAGCAAAAGCGAGUAGAAAAAGUUUUCUAACACUCAGCAUUCUCGCAGCGACCGUCAAUGAAAAUCGUGUUUUUGACUUGUUAAUGCCAUUUAAGACACAACUUCAUGAAACACAAUCAAAGCGAACUGUUGGAAAGAUUCAAGAAUGUUUGCAGAAAAUCGUUACUGGUUUAACAUCAAAUAAGAAAAUUCCUGACGAUUCUUUGUUGAUUUUAGUUCAUGGAACAAUUUCUGAAUCGAUUUCAGAUUUAUUGCCGGAAGUCAAUAAGAAGAAAGGAAGUAAACAACAGAUUGUGAAGGAUUCUUUUAUAAUUCCCGAAGAACCAAAGCGUCGUGGAGCAACAAUCGUUAAUAAACUUGUAAAGACAACGAAACAAACAAAUUCGCAUAUUCUUGUUGAGUUUGGUUUGGAAAUGUUGCACUUGCUUCUAAAAAGGAAGAAAUUCCCCAACGAAUCUUUCCUUGAUCCUCUCAUUCCAAUGGUUUAUGAUGCACUCAAAAGCAACUUCUUACGUGCUAACACUUUGGCUGUUAAAUGCAUUUCGAUCAUGCUUCAUUACCAACUUAACUUACCAAAGUUGAAAGAGAAUACGACAGAAAUUGUCAAUGAAAUCUUCAGUAUUUUACACAAAUACGCAACAAAUCAAAUAUCGAAGAAGGAUAAUCAUUUUCUGCUGGUUAAAAGUGCUUUCAAAUGUGUCGUUGUUGUCUUGAGACAAGUCGAUUAUUACGUAAUUAAUGAAAAUCAAUUGAAAGCUUUGUUGCUGUACGUUGAGCAAGACUUGAAUAGUUUCUCUGAUAAAGACACGAUGGCUUUUACACUUCUCAAAUCCAUUCUUGAUAAGAAAUUGAUGGUACCGGAAGUUCAUGAAAUUAUGAAGAAAGUCGCUCAUCUUAGCAUCACAUCGGAAUCUGAAGAAAAACGUGCAGCAAUUCGACCAAUUGUCUUGACAUAUCUCAUGGAAUAUCCGAUUGGAAAGAAGAUUGACAGUCUGAUAAAGUUCUUCAUUGGACAAUUAAAUUACGAAGAGAUCAGUGGAAGAGAAUCAGCGAUUCUAACAAUGGGAAUGAUCUUUAAGAAUUUCCCUUUGAGUCUUCUAAGAAAGUUCAGUGGACUUUUCUUCUUGUCACUUGGAACACGUUUGGUAAAUGAUGAAUCGCCACAAUGUCGCGAAAAGAUUGCUGAAAUCAUAGAAUUGCUAAUUAAGCAAUUAGACAACAAUCCACGACAGCAGCUUUUCGAAAUUGUGAUUUUGUUGUUGAAAGAUAAGAAAAUCGUUCAUCGUGAAAUGGCAGCGCAACUUUGCAUUCGUUUUGUGAAUGUUGAAGGUGAAGAGUUUGUGAAAAGGACUUUGACGAUUCUUCCUUUGCUUGUGGAUUCGUUAACACAUCAAAGUGACAGUUAUGAUGAUGAAAAUGUGCCUGGAAAGUUUGUAAGAAUGAAAACACUUCAAAAUAAUGAUGACGGAGACGUAGCCGACAUGAGAGAUCAACAGACGGUUGAAGAUCAUCACUUGAUUCAAACACUUAAUGCGAUCAUAAGAAUCUUUGAAAAUCAACAAGAAAUCCUUUCAGAAUCUGCUGAUGACUUGAAGAGUUCUGUUAAUGACAUAGGAUAUCAAGCAAAACAACUUCUGUCACAUGAUCACGUUUGGGUUCGUUUACGAGCUCUUCGAAUCAUCAAUUUUAUGAUUAAAUCAAUUAAUGUCAAAGAUAUCGAAAAAGUUUUACGUGAUGAAGAAGUUGAUGAUGAAAAGUCACGUAAAUUUCUUCACUCUAAAGUUGAAUUCCGUUCGGUGGUUUUUGAUAUGGUUGUGCAAUUGAAACCGGACGUGGAUGAAGAGCUUCUGAGAUUAAUAAUUGAGAAUUUGAUUGAAGUCUCAAAGAUCAUUAAAACGAUUCCAUUCGAAGGAAUGAUCAACGAUAAAAAAGAUUUUAACAUCAUGUGGCUUGUAAGACGUCUCCGUUAUGCAAUUAAUAAUGAAAUUGUUAAUUCACCAUCAUCGUUUAUGUUAAGAAAGUCAAUAUUUGAAUACUUUAACAACUUGGUAGACAAUGUUGAUGUGAGCUUAAUUCAUAAACUUGCCAGUUCAAUCCUCCCAACUUUAUUCCGUGAAAUGACUGAAGGUGAACAUACAAUUGAAGAUCUUAAACUGUUGGCAGCUCAAGUCAGCAAUCGCAUCAAAUCUAAAAUUGGAUUCGAGAAAUAUGAAAGUGUUCGUAAUGUUCUUCGCUCGAAAAUGCUUCGAAAUAAAGUUGAUCGAAGGAAAUCAUUAGCACAAGAGAAGAUUAACAAUCCAGCAAAGGCAGCGACGCGAACAAUUGUUAAACAACUUAAGAAGCAAGACAGAAAGAAACGAAAACGACAAGACAUUCAAGAUGGGAUUAUUUUGCCAAGGAAGAAGCGAAGAGUCUUUGGAAGCGGAUUAAGUGAUACUUAUGAAUGAAUAAUUAAAUGAAAAACACAGACAAACUUAUAUUUCUUUCAUUUGAACUCCCGAAACAAUCUUCACAAAAAAUUUAUGUAAUAAAACAAUAUCAUAAUAAAAAAAGAAUAAUAAAUUACAAAGUACCUACCUUUUCUUCUGGGUUGUGUUUGGAAUAAAUAAAUUUAUAAUAAAUCUUUGAUAAAAAUAUUGGAAUGAACAUUAAAAAAGCUCACUUACAAG